AUGGCACAAACACAGACUCCUGAUGAGCUUCAUCAGCCCAAAGCGCAGACAAAGAAGACGCAAUCAACUCCAGACAAGCUCAGGUCCAGAUCCUCCGCUGCUCAACAGAACGGCAAAGGAAGGGGAGGAAUCGCGAAGAAGGAAACCGCAAAGGCAACGAGCAACUCCUCGCCAAAUUAUAUGAAGCCCACGACUUGCUCGGACGCAAGGAAGUACCCCAUGCAGGUAAGUGCUCAAUCCCCAGCACCUGCUGCCGUCGUCAAGGCCAAGAAUCAUGCUGAUCAUAGCAAUUCAAAGCCUUCCCCUUCCUCUUCUCCUUCUCUUCCUGUCGCGAAGUACUUGAAAACAUUAGCAAGGAAAGCAAGUUUACGACCGCGAAGGCCUUCGAUGAAGAAGAUCUAUGAAACGAGUGUUCUAUCGCCUCGAAGAAAGAAGGUUAGCAGGGCUACUUGUUCGUCCACUAUGACGGAAUCCAAAUUCCCAAGUGUGUCAGAGGUAAAUCAGGGGAACAGAGUUGCUGAGUUGACUUCUGCGGUUAAGGUCUGCCCUUUCAACUACUGCUCUCUGCAUGGCCGUAGGCACCAGCAUCUGCAACCCUUGAGACGCUUACCAUCAGCGAGAAGGCGGUCCUUCAGGACGCAGAGGAGGAGCGUGAAGUUGAAAAGGGUAUCAUCGAUUAGGAGGGGAAGUUUUAAGAAGGGAGGAAGAAACAUGAAUUCAGGCAAGAUGAGGAGUAUCCAAGGCUCAAAGAUCGCUCCUGUAAUAGAAGAGACGAACUACUGUUUCUUGAAUGAGAUCUACAAGGAUGAGUUUGAUAGAGAGAUAUCAAAAUUUCUUGAGAGUUUAGAGCCGUCGGAAGAUGAUACGGAGUUCAGUGAAGAGGAAAUUGAAAAUUUUGAAGGAGCAGGGGUUUAUAUUGAAAUCCCUGAAAUAUAUGCCCGGAUUAGCGUUGGAGGAGAGAGUCUUGAGCAAACAAGUGACAUCUCUUCUGGUGAUGCCUGUGCUGUUGGUAGCAUUCUUACAGCUGAAUCCGAGAAAGAACCACAUUUCUGUUUCGAUGAUUUAUCUGGGCAUGGAGAACUCUUUAUCAAGGCGCAAGAGCUUCACGAGUUCAAAGAAAUGGAGGUGAGAAGUGGAGAGCGCGUAAAAUGUGAAUCCAAUGAUCUUGAAGAAUCUGAAUUAGACAAUACAAACCACAGAAUCGAAGCCGGCGAUGAAGAUAUUGGAGAUUGUAAGGAAGAAGACGUCGUCGUAAGUGGAAUUGCUGUACAACAUGGCCUUGAAGAAUCAAAGUUAGUCAUAGGCGACGGAUCUCACACGAGCAAAGGCCACAGCUUUGUUGCUGAAAAUGGAGAAGGAGAUAAUGCUGCAGAUAUCGUUGCUUGCUUUGGAAGUGAAAAAUCUCAAGAAGAGUCCGAAUUACCCACAGAUGUUACAAGUCCACACCAUAUAAUCUUCAGCAUUGUCGCAGAUGAUGCAGAACGCGGAGAUGAUACUGCUGAAGAAACUGAUGAGAGUGGAAGUGACGAAUUGGAAGAAAAAAAUAUUUCUUCUGAAAGCCAAACAAUUGAACAAGUUCUCGAAGAUGAAAGUACAAGUGAACAAAAUCGCAGUGUUGCUGCAGAUGAUCAAGGCUCAGAAAGUAGUAAUGUUUCUCACGGCAAUAAGUCUGAACAAGAUGGCUUUGGAACAGAUGAUGAAGAUGAUGACACCAGCAACAAAAACAAUGGUGGAGAAGAUGAUAGGACUGAACAAUCGAAAUUGCAGCCUCAAGCUCACCGAAGAAGAUGA